CUUUUAAGUCUGAUUUCCAUGAUAAAUGGUCCUUGGCCAAGAGUCUUGGCCUCUGUUCUCAUUUCCAUCUUAGCAGACUUAACUUACUUUUCUGCAAACCACUCCCUCAGUGCCCAGGCACUCACUUCCUCUUCAUCUUAAUUUUUAAAAGUAAUUAUUAACAUCUGCACUUCCCUCCCCUAAUCUGGCUCCAAAGCUUAGAUGGUAGAAAGAGGAAGUUUUUCUAUAGGGGUUAUUCACACACAGAGAUCCAGAAAAUAGUUUGCUCAAUCCUGUUUUUAACUAAAAUGGUCCAUCCCAGACUGUGGCCACUCUUCCUUCUCAGUAUCCUCCUGGGGCCAGGAGGCUCCAAAGGGACUGCAAGACCAGGAAAGUUCAUUGGCAUUGUAGGGGAGUCAAUUACUCUUCCUUUGAAAAUCAUGGCAGGAGAGAAGGUUGAAAACAUCACUUGGAUUUCCAAAACACUUAUUGCUGUUGUAUACUCAGGACAAGGAAGAAAACCAGCCAAUAUCACUCUAAUCAACCCUCUUUAUGUGGGAAGGUUGAAAGUACCUAUCCAUAGCUACUCCUUGGAGAUCAGCUCCCUGAGGAUGGAGGAUGCAGGGUCCUACAGAGCUUUGAUAACCACUCACACCUGUUCUGUGGGCACCAACAUGGAAUUCCUUUUGAGCAUUCAUGAUUCUGCAGUUCUUGCUCAUUCAGCCUCAUCAGAUUCUUCCUCUUUGGGAAAGGGGACUUUCCUCCUUGGAUUUCUGGGGGUCUUGAGAAUUGCACAAGUGUGAUCCUAACACAGAAAGAAUCAGGAGGAAGAGUGUGAAGACAGAUGUCCUCUUGUGAGACACUAGGGAAUACCCAGUUUCCAUUUAUGCUCAUCAGCCAAUCUGAGAAUACAGCUCUCCUAGUUUCUUAUUUCACUUAGAAUCCCUAUAUCUGUAGAGAUGGUUUGGCUGCAGGAUGUUUCUGCAUCUGCUCCUGCUAUCAUUGAAAGUAAAACAGUAAUUUUACCUGAAACUUGAAUAUGGGAAUGAGAAAUCAUUGUGUAUUUACUUACUUGAAAAAUUUUUUGUUAUUCUUAAGCUGGCAAACAUCAAUAAAUAUAAACAUUUCCAUAUAUAAAGUGCAGAAAAAAGAUGAUUGCAUUUGAAACAAUGAAUUUGUUAUAUAAUGGUUCCCUAUCAAGAAUGAUGUGUGACAGGCUUGCAACUAAAUUCAGGAUGAUGGAGAUAUUAUUGGUUUUUAUCUAGUUUCUGCCACAUGGGUUGACUUAUUUAGAAUAACUUCUUUUGGGGCUUGUGAUAAUUUGAUUUUACUCUUUAGAGUUGGAAUGAAUUUCUUAAUCUCACCAUCUUCCUCUGAAUAUGAACCCAGAUGUUCUUUUAUACCAAAGUAGCUAUCAAUGAUCAGUUUUUUCCUUUGUUUACUCAUUUUUUCAUUUGAUAAUAUUUUUAUUUUUUCCAAUUAGAUGUUAAGAUAAUUUUCAACAUUUAAUUUUGUAAGAUUUUGAUUUCCAUUUUUCUCUCCCCCUUCAUCCU